GGGAGGGAAGCUGGAAGCGCAGCUUUCAGCCAUCCAAGGAAGACGGUCCAAGUUUUGUCUGGGAAGGCACUGAAGUUUCUUUUCCAGCUUCAAGGAUAAGUAGAGUCAGUCCAUCCAAGAAGGGGACAAAGAACAGACAGAAUGAACAGCUUUAAAGGCAUAGACACUUGAAAAGGACAAGUGGAUACAUAGAGAGUCAUCUGGGCCAUUAUGGCAGUCAAGUGGACUGGUGGACAUUCUUCUCCUGUUCUCUGCCUGAAUGCAAGUCAAGAAGGGCUAGUGGCUUCUGGAGCAGAAGGUGGAGAUCUCAUGGUUUGGGGUGAAGAUGGGACUCCAUUAGGACACACACGCUUCCAAGGGGCAGACGAUGUUACCAGUGUCUUAUUCGCUCCCUCCUGCCCCACCAAGCUCUAUGCCUCACAUGGAGAAACCAUUAGCAUACUGGAUGUCAGGUCUCUCAAAGGAUCCUUGGACGAUUUUCAUGCGAAUGAAGAAGAAAUCAACUGUGUUUCAUUGAAUGAAACUGAAAACCUUCUGGCUUCUGCUGAUGACUCCGGAACAAUCAAAAUCCUAGACUUGGAAAAUAAGAAAGUUAGCAGAUCACUGAAGAGACAUUCCAAUAUCUGUUCUUCUGUAGCUUUUCGGCCUCAAAGACCUCAGAGCCUGGUGUCAUGUGGACUGGAUAUGCAGGUGAUGCUGUGGAACCUUCAGAAAGCCCGGCCACUCUGGAUUACAAAUUUGCAGGAGGAUGAAACAGAAGAAAUGGAAGACCCACAAUCACCUGGUCAGCUUUUAAACCCUGCCCUAGCCCACUCUGUGUCUGUGGCAUCGUGUGGCAAUAUUUUUAGUUGCGGUGCAGAAGAUGGUAAGAUUCGAAUCUUUAGGGUGAUGGGAGUCAAGUGUGAACAGGAACUGGGAUUUAAGGGCCACACCUUAGGGGUAUCCCAUGUCUGCUUUCUGCCAGAAUCCUAUUUGCUGCUUACUGGAGGGAAUGAUGGGAAGAUAAUGUUGUGGGAUGUAAGCAGUGAAGUUGAGAAAAAACAGAAGAGUCCUACAAAACAUACCCACAAGAAGAAAACCAAAAGGGCAGCUUAUACCAAGCAGGGUGGAAACACUCAUGCUUCAGUAGCAGGUGAAGACGAACAUGGCAAAAUUUUACCAAAGUUAAGUAUUGAACAUGGAGAAAAAGUGAACUGGCUCUUGAGUACAAAAAUAAAGGGAUACCAAAAUAUAUUGGUAGCUGAUCAAACUAAUUGUAUAUCUGUAUAUCCCUUAAAAGAAUUUUAAAUCCAAUAAAACAUUUGA